AUAACAUACGCUCUGGAAUGCCAGCUUCUCCUUCUUCAAGCAAAGUGCUGGCUUCUCCUGCCCCGACUCAUCUGCCAGCCCCUUCGACACCCCGGCUGGCAGCUCUGAACAACGAACAGAUCACUGAUGUGAAUCAGAAAUCAGAAAAUAUCUCUUCAACUAACAAAGGUCUUCCAUACUUUUUAACUGGAGCCAAUGUGAUUACCCCAAGAACAAUGCAAGUUUUAAUUGGACAUUCAACUAUCAGAAAUACAAGACAAAUGUAAUCAAAUGUGUACUCUCAGCAGUUGAAACACUUGUGGUAAGCACAUCCACCAACAAUAACUUUCCCUUUGUAACCUGUGACAUUUGAAAUUGCUUAGAAAAAUUAGAUUGGAAACUAAUUUUCAUGGCAGAGAUAUACUAUGAAUUUGUAAUAAAAUGAAGUAUAUAAAUCUAGUCAGCUCCAUCUUGGGCACUAGCCUACAAAGUAUCCAGGACAUCUUCAGGGAGCGGUGUCUCAGAAAGGCAGCAUCCAUUAAUGAAGACUUCCAGCACCCAGGGCAUGCCCUUUUCUCACUGUUACCAUCAGGUAGGAGGUACAGAAGUCUGAAGGCAUACACUCAGCGAUUCAGGAACAGCUUCUUCCCCACUGCUAUCUGAUUCCUAAAUGGAAUUUGACACUUUGCACAAUACCUCAAUUUUUUAAAUAUACUGUACUUCUGUUUUUGCACAUUUUCUAAAUAAUCUUUGUGCUGCCUUUAUGGCAGUUAUUUAGUUUUUAAUAUUUUCGCUUAGUAAUUCGUUUGUUAGCAUUUUAGUUAAAGUUAGGAUUGUUUUAAGUUGUCUGUGAGAUAUCGCGGCAUACGAUGACAUCACAUCCGGUUUCGCCGCGUGCUGUGGGAAAAUACCGGUUUGGGAAAAAUGGAAAGGUGGGGGUCGAGACAUGUGCGAGUGCGUGCAGCGCCAGCAACGUUUUCUCUCUACGCACCAGGAACAUUGUGAAAGCAACACUGUGAGUUAUGAGAUAAUCGAUAUGUUGAAUUAAAAUGUUAACGCCGAUCCCGUUAAAAGUAACGAUGGUCGAUAAUGUUUAUGUUUUCGUUAGUUAAAGAGUUGCGGAUAGUUUGCGUUGAAGUGUAUUCAAAGCAGUCAAUGGCGUAGGUAGAUUCUGACUGUAUGCUGCACUUUAAUGUAAUGUAGUUGUUGUAGUUUUACUUUUGCAAGUAUUUACGAUGUAAUUGUAAUAUCAAGAAGGAAACAAACGCUGUACAAAUCUUGUAUUGUUUUAUCAACAGUUUUCACCAUACGUCAAUGUGGAAGAGUGAACAGUAAACGGUUAAUCUUACUGUGAUCCUGUCGUUAUUGACAAAGUUUUAACUCGGUGUUUAACUCGGCGUUCUGUUACACCCAAGCGAGAACACUACAGUGAAAAAGCGGCAUUAUCAGGUGUUUCAAGUGCUGCAAUGUCAUCUCGAUUCAGCGUCAAGUUGUUGCCACCCAGCGAGGGGGGCAGUAGGACAUCAUCAAGUAAGUCCACCUAUGCAAGAGCUAAGGCAGAAGCCGCCAGGGUGUGACUGCGCUACUCCAGACAAGAAGCAGAUUUGAAAAUGGAAGCGGCUACCAGAGAAGCCGAAAACCAGAAGGAAGCGGCCGCCAGAGAAAUGGAAAAGGCUGCCAGAGAAGCCGAAAACCAGAAGGAAGCGGCCACCAAAGAAAUGGAAAAGGCUGCCAGAGAAGCCGAAAACCAGAAGGAAGCGGCUGCCAGAGAAAUGGAAAAGGCUGCCAGAGAAGCCCAAAACCAAUUGGAUAGGGCAAGGAUAGCGGCAGAGUUAGAAAUGCUGACACUGGAACGAGAAGCAGAAGCUGCCAGGGUGGAAGCAGAGUUCAUAGAAGACGCUGAAGAAAUGCAAGAUCUGGUUGAUGUAAAAUCUACUUCAGAAAGGACUAGAUUGGAACGCACAAGCGAGUAUGUCUAAUCUCAAACAGUCUGGAAGAUUCGUUCUUCCACUCCAUACUUAUACGAUAACGCCCCAUGUCAUGAGGAGUCUCAGAGAGACCCAAUUGCACCACAUCCAUCUGAGGAAGACAAUUUACCCUAGCAACUCCGCGAUGAAGUCAAGAAUGAAAGAGCUGACGACAAAUACUUCUCGACACCAAACUUACAAGAUUUGGCGAGAAGAGAGGCAAAGACUGAAGUCAGAACAGCAAAGUCCAUAACAGAGGAAUGCCCUCGGUCAUAUACCCACCGACAUACUUCCCCAGGCCACAGGCCACUUGCAAUUGAAGCCCUGGCACAGUAUUUAGCACGACGAGAUCUUGCCACUUCAGGACUGUACCAGUUUGACGACAAUCCUGAAAAUUACCGUGCAUGGUACUCCACAUUCACCAACGCUAUCGACGGAGUCCAGCUCAGAGCAACCCAAGAGUUGGAUCUUAUGGCGAAAUGGCUGGGAAAAGAAUCACGCGAGCAGGUGAGACGCAUACGUUCAGUGUACAUCAACAACCCCGAGCUAGCCUUAAGCAAAGCAUGGGAGAGACUUUGGGAGGGCUAUGCGGCCCCCGAAAUUAUUGAAGCGGCGCUAUACCGACAUCUGGAAAACUUUUCUAAGCUGUCAGCCAAAGAUCACAUUAAGUUAAGGGAGCUCGGAGAUUUACUCAUGGAGAUUCAAGGCGCCAAAGAAGAUGGCUACUCAACUGGUCUAGUAUACCUAGAUACUCCAUCCGGGAUUAGACAAAUCGUGGACAAACUUCCAUUUGGGCUGCAGGACAGGUGGGUGUCUGUUGCCUCAGAGUACAAAGAAGACAACAAUGGUCGAUUUCCUCCCUUUAAGUAUUUCACUAGGUUUGUGCACAGGGAGGCGAAGAAGCGAAAUGACCCUAGCCUCAUGGGUCAAGGAAGCAGUACAGUUUACACCAAGCCAGAUAAAUCCUCUUCGAAUAAUUUCAACAUUGAUAAACCCGUCUCAGUGCUUAAGACUGAAGCCUUUACAACUAACCACAACCCUAGCAAGAAUUGCCCAUUGCAUAACAAACCUCACCCCCUCAGAAAAUGCAGAAUGUUUAGGGAAAAACCCCUUGAAGAGAGGAUGGCCCUUCUCAAGGAGAAAAGAAUAUGUUUUAAAUGCUGUUCCUCGACCUCUCACUUUGCUAGAGAGCGUACGAUCACCGUGAAGUGUCCGGAAUGUGAUAGCACUAAUCACGAUGGGGCCAUGUAUCCCGGCCCGUUCCCGCAAACCGACAACGCUCCUUCACCCCCACAACAGGACGGCGGGGAGGGAGAGGCUCACUCCAGGACAACUGUUGUCAGCUCGAGCUGUACAGAAGUUUGCUGUCAAGCUCAGUCAAGCCGUUCUUGUUCAAAGAUCUGCCUCACUAAGGUGUACCCUAAAGGAGCCAGACAAGGCCAUCAAAGCCUAUGUGAUUCUGGAUGAUCAGAGCAAUUGCUCACUAGUCAGUCCAGAGUUCUUUAAAUUGUUCAACAUUGAGAGCGAGCAGUUCCCAUACUACCUUAGAACUUGCUCAGGCAACAUGGAAACCCAAGGAAGGAAGGCAGAAGGCUUCCAGCUCGAGUCCCUGGAUGGUAAAGUCAUCAUCUGUCUCCCUCCACUCUUAGAGUGCAAUGAAAUUUUGAAUAACCGCACUGAGAUCCCGACGCCAAGUGCAGUGCUACACCAGCCACAUCUCCGCCACAUCGCCAAACACAUCCCAGAACUGGAUCCAACAGCAGAAAUACUCCUGCUAUUAGGAAGAGACGUUCCUCAGGUGCACAAGGUUAGGCAGCAGGUCAAUGGACCACACGACGCCCCCUUUGCGCAACGCCUGGAUCUAGGCUGGGUGGUGAUAGGAGAGGUGUGCCCUGGCAAUGUAAACAAACCGACAGUUCGCACACUCAAGACCAAUGUGCUAGAGAGUGGCCGCCAUUCAAUUUUCCAACCACGCACAAGUGUCACGUGUAUUAAGGAAGCAUGACAAGGCUUUAACAAACGUAAAGUAACUGACGAGACGCUGUGUCAGUCAGUCUUCGUUCAAACUGAGCAUGAUAAUAAACUUGCUCAAUCAGCUCAAGAUGCCAUUUUCUUAAAAACAAAGGACACCAAGGUCUUCAGAGAUGAAGCAAAUAAUGGGGUCGCCCAUUGCCUUUCAGAGAACCACGCCAGUGCUUGCCAAACAACAAAGAGCAGGCAGUCAAACGGUUCACGCCUUUGCAAAAAACCCUGGAAAGGAAACCUGAGAGGCAGCAACGCACCCGAUUGACCCACGAGGUACUGUGCACACUAAUGGCAGAGGUUACAGCCAUUAUAAAUGCACAACCACUCCUACCCGUGUCUUCUGACCCGGAAAACCCCUUCAUACUCUCGCCAUCAAUGCUCCCUACGCAGAAGGCAGGAGCUCCCCCUCCACCAGAGGACUUCUCUGAUAAGGAUUUGUACUUAAAGCAGCGGAGACAGGUCCAGGCUCUGGCAAAUUGGUCCUGGUCUCACUACAUUCCCUAGCAGGAACGGACAUGUCAGGAAGGUUGAGCUGAAAACUACCGACCAAGGCGAUGUGAAAAUAUACCAAAGUCCUGUUACAGAAGUCAUUCUACUUCUACCUAAGGACUGAUUAGAGACUGAAGUUUUAUAUUAUGUUCAUUGUGACCUUAUGAAGGUCAAGCGGGGAGUGUGCUGCCUUCAUGGCAGUUAUUUAGUUUAUAAUAUUUUCGCUUAGUAAUUCAUUUGUUAGCAUUCUAGUUAAAGUUAGGAUUGUUUUAAGUUGUCUGUGAGAUAUCGCGGCAUGCGAUGACAUCAUAUCCGGUUUCGCCGCGUCCUGUGGGAAAAUACCGGUUUGGGAAAAACGGAAAGGUGGGCGUCGAGACAUGUGCGAACACGAGCAGCGCCAGCAAAGUUUUCUCUCUACACACCAGGAACAUUGUGAAAGCAACACUGUGAGUUAUGAGAUAAUCGAUAUGUUGAAUUAAAAUGUUAACGCUGAUCCCGUUAAAAGUAACGAUGGUCGAUAAUGUUUAUGUUUUCGUUAGUUAAAGAGUUGCGGAUAGUUUGCGUUGAAGUGUAUUCAAAGCAGUCAAUGGCGUAGGUAGAUUCUGACUGUAUGCUGCACUUUAAUGUAAUGUAGUUGUUGUAGUUUUACUUUUGCAAGUAUUUACGAUGUAAUUGUAAUAUCAAGAAGGAAACAAACGCUGUACAAAUCUUGUAUUGUUUUAUCAACAGUUUUCACCAUACGUCAAUGUCGAAGAGUGAACAGUAAAUGGUUAAUCUUA